AUGAUCCUCAGAGAUAAAGCUCAAAUUAUAAAUGUUUGGCAGUCAAGUGGUGUUACACAGGCUAAUCUUCUCAUUCGAUUCUUUUGCCUGGUUCAGUGCGCCAUUGGUUUACUGGAUUUCACUGAUAAAAUUAGGAUUUGUCUGGGAGUACUAACAGUUAUAAGCUUGACAACGUUUGGACAGUCGGUGAAGAAACGUUUUGGAAACCAUGUGUACUUACGCUUCUUCUUAAUAUGCUGCAGUCAAUUCCACUUUGCAUUUUAUGCCUCCCGAACACUACCAAACACAUUUGCACUCAUACUCGUUCUAUAUUCUCUGGGUCAGUUAAUCAGACGCAAUGAAACUAAAUUUAUUGUAUCAGCCGGGAUUUCAAUCCUCGUGUUUCGUAGUGAAUUAGUCCUGUUAUUUGGACCGUGCCUUUUAUACGGCUUGUCUACUGGUUGUGUAAAAAUUCGAUUGAAAUUGUUCAAGACAAUCAUUACAACUACUGUCAUCAGUGUUGGAUCCAGCCUAAUGAUUGAUUCAUUAUUUUGGGGCAGGUUGAUUUGGCCAGAGCUUGAAGUGUUCUACUUCAACACAAUUUUAAACAAAAGUGGACAAUGGGGAAUGUAUCCCUUUCAUUGGUACUUCACUUCCGCACUACCUAGAUCCCUUUUAUGUUCCUGCUUAUUGUUAUAUGCAUGGUCAACUGGAUUAUUGUUUGUUGCUUUGAUAUUCAUUGGGUUGUACUCAUUUUUGCCUCAUAAAGAAUUACGUUUCAUUAUUUAUGUGUUACCGGUGUUCAAUCUAGCGGUAGCGGAUAUUUGGACUUAUCUAGAAAAGCCAAUGUUGGCCUUUAAAGGAACUUAUAUAGAUAUGGUAAAAAGAGACACGAGUCUGAUAAUCGCAGCGCAAAAGAAUUAUCCAGGUGGUGAAGCACUUAAUAGAUUGAAUCAAAUCAAUCACUUGACCAAUCGAAAUGGUAAGUUUCUGUUGUUUGGUUUCGGUUACUUGAAAAAUGUUCUAAGUUGAGUAUUUUUUUGAAGGAGUCACCAAGAAGACAUAUUCAUAAGCUAGUAUUUAUCUGGAAGAGUAUUCUCACUGAUUAUCAUUAUUAUUAUUGUUAUUUAUCCCUUGGGUUCCUAAUGGAACAUAGGGCUUCAGUAGCACGUCUCUAGUGCACUCGGUUCUCUGCAAACUUUUGAACCUGGUUUCACGACAGUCUAGAAGUUCUCAUUUCUUCCUCGCACGAUUUCCUCCAUGUCACCCUCGGACGCCCAACUCAUUGCUUCCCAUCUGGGUUUUACUCGAGCAACUUGCCUGGCGCGUGAAGUACCGGGUUCUCACUGAUACUAGCUUUUUAUUCUAUCCAACCACAGGUUAAAGUUUUCAACAUUGAGCUUUGUAUGUAGGGUGUUAAACACUAUGAACUCUUGUAUUUAAAAGGUGUGGACCUACCUGAGGUCGGAGAAACUUUUCUGAGAGACGCUUGAGGCUGAUGAUAGUUUUGUCAUCGAAUUUCUUAGUGAAUUAACCAUGAUCAAUAUAAUAAGCCAUGGUUAUUGUCGUGGUAAGCAUUCAGCAAUCGGUACAUAGGCAGGCGAAACGUCUACUAUGGUAACUAAUUUCUUUCACUAAUGUUCCGUCGGAAAUCAAUGAGCCUUGCAUUUUAUUUCUCAAUGAACCAGUAAUAAGAUGCUUGUAUACUCACGAUUGUUACAACGGAUCGAAGGUAUGACGAUGUGAAAUUCGGUUAGGUGAUAAUUUACUCAUUUAUUGUAUGUAUUUGUAAAGAUAAUUUAUUUAGAAGUCAUUUUACAGUAUUAUUGUGUAACGUUUUUUUUGUUUUCACAAACUUUCUUAGGAUCAAUUGAUUAUUGUUUCAUACUAUUUCUUUUAAAAGUCGAUUAACUGUAAAGUAUGCCCAUCAUUUUGUCGCCUAAAUGUUUUCAUCAUGUUAUUAUUCAUCUGUUAUAAUCAUAUCGUCUGUGAAUCUGAUGUAAGGGAAAGAAAGACGGUUAAUUGAAGAGUUGCGAAUAUCUCAUCUUGUGUUCAGUUUAGUUUGUGACUCGGAAACGUGUCGGAAAGGCCUAGGUAGGUGUGGAGCAACAUUUAGACAGGUGCAUAGACUUUCAUCUUUAUAUGACAACCUUAGAGUCAUUUAUUUUGUAGUUAUCCUUAUUAGUCAUGUAAGGUAAACACAUCAGUUCGUUUACUGUUGUAACACUAAUAAAUAUGUGUGAUGUAGAAUAUUCGAAAUACUAAGAUCAGUUUGAAGGUUGUAUCCUUGUUAGUUUGUCUGAGUACUAUAGAAAAAUGUGAGCUUUUUCACUGCACAAUGACCCAGCGAGCUAUCCUGGUGGAACGCUUGUUCCCUCCAAGUACUACCAUGUCAGAAAGGUCUGUUGGAUAGUGGUAAGAAGAAAGGCAGUUACCGUUGUAGUGUAAAUUACUACACUAUUAUGGAGUAUCUGAGGGCGAAGUCGUACUGCUGCUGGCUGGAUGGAGUAUGACAGCAGUAAGGUGUUUCCCUUGGAUGACCAGCAGUGCCACCCUGGUGCUGCCUUCGCAACAGAACGUGUAGAUAUUAGAGAUGCUCGAUCCCAAACAUAACACACUCCACUAUGCCCCACGGUUUCCCGGUGCCGAGGCUAUCGGUCCUGUCGGUCCAGGGUUAGAACAACCAAAUCUGGAAACAACAACCCGCAAAAGCCUGUAUGUGGGAGGCUUCAAGCAGAUGUUGCAUGGGCUCUGCUGUCACAUAAAUCUUUUUCUCUUCUAGGUACCUUAAGAAGAAAAAGCCUUCCGUGGUGUGGGCAGCCGGGAGGUGUCAACCGCCCUCACAACUCUGUCAGCGCUCAAGGUCCAUCAGACCACUAUCCACCCCCUCAAAUCUACCUUCUAAGCUUCCUUCACGUCUUUCAGUUAACAAUCGUAUGUCAUCUUUAAUUUCCUCUGACUUUGCAGCUUUUGACAACGAUCUGAUUCCACAGAACAUCAUCCUUCGUCUCCUUAAACCAUGCUCCGAAUUUAAAACUGGAGCCUUCAAUGUCUGCACUCUCUGUAGAAUCGGCCAAUAGGCUUCAUUGGCCAAUAUUCUAAUAGCUCGGACCACGGAUAUAUGCUGUUUGUGAGACACGCAUACAGAGCACAAGUGCAGUUAUUCACUUAACUUCUCCUGGUUAAUAUGGUGAAUUUGUAAAAUUCUUCUGACCAAUCUUUCUUUCUUUCUUUCUCUUUCAUUUCAUUGCCUUGUUACUUGAUGCGCCGAUAUGAGGUGUGGCAACUUGGACCGUUACGCAGUAAUACCCGGUCCCAUUUUGAUUUUGAUGAGGAUGAUGAUAAUGUAUCCAUCCAAGAAAAUUUCCCAUCAGGAGGUUUGUCGGGAUUUAUUAAUUUCAUUGCAGUAUUCAUCACGAAAUGAUCUUGGUCGGAGAACCAUUGAAAACGUGGAAGCACCGGACAACCGUCUUGUCUUAGAGUGACACUCUUCAGUAGUUCACAUCCAAAUUGAAAUACUGUCCAGUCCUCAUAAGUAGCAUGGUUGGAGAUAGAAUUUCCCGAAGUUCUAAUGAGAAGUCAUCACCUAUGAACCAAACCAAGUUAGAGGUGAGGAAAGCUACUCAACAGUAGUAUUGAAUAAUUGUCGUGAUUGAUCGUAAAUUGACAAGUGGAAAAUGUGGAGUAUUGGAUUCUGACACAGUAACUCACCAUGAAACCUAAAGGUCUUGGGUUCGAUCCCUGUCACGGUCAUGGGUGCGCACUGUUGAGGUGUCGCAUACUAGAACGAAACACUUGUCCAGUGUCCCCAGAUUUUCAGUAGUUCUCCGACCAAUAUCAGUCCGUGAUGAAUACCACCAUAAAAGAAAACCUCAAUUAAGUUCAUUCCGGACGUUUGACUUCUUAGUUUUUGUGUAUUACGUCUAAUAUAGGGAUAAAGAGAAAACACUAGUCUGGAGAGGGACCAAUCAAAUGUAUUUUAUGUUAUCAUGUCUACAGUUAGACAGACUGAGGAUGAAUUAGUCAAUCAGCAGUAGUACUUUAAACGGCGAACUAUCUACAUAUUAGAUAUAUUUUUUUGUUUGUUCUGGUCUUCAGUCUUUCGACCCCAAUACACAUUUCUACACGUCCAUCGUGUCUUCACUAAUUAUUCGGAUCAGAAAUCAACUAGGAAUUUGUUGAAUGUUGGGCGAUAUCCGUGCACUCCUAAUGGCUAUAACAGUUUGUUCCCGAAUCAUAACUUCUUAAUGCUGAUUGAUGAAAAUUUUCAAAAUCGAACUUGUGUUUUUUCAAUUAUCACUAAGACAAUCGACAAGAACGUAGUCUAUGGACAUCAGUCAUCCUGAUAUAACUGUACUUACUUUCCAUUUAAGAAGAAAAAGUGUAGACAAUACUUUUUACAUGAAUAAACGGGAUGAAACAAUAUUCAUUGACGGACGACAUUGUAAAACCUAUACAAAUAGGUAAAAUUAUAAUUUAUACAGAACAUAGAAAAUAUGCGCAUUUUCGCAGAGAACUCUAGAACCGAUGACAAGCACGAUAACACCUGAGGAUGAUCUUUAGCUUCACUCAAAUGAGGAAUCUAAUUGGUUAUUUCAAUAGUUGAUAAGGUGACCUUUAAAGUUAUCCCAAUUUUCAUGCCGUGUGCAACUUUUCAAUACAUUUGGUUGACACUGUCCAAUUUUUGUUUGUUUGUUACUUAGCCCUAUUUGUUUUCGUAGAUUUAAACAAACGUGUGUGUCUCUACCUGUAUUACACUAUGGUAUGUAUACUCAAGUACAUUAUGAAUUCAUUAAAUCCUGCUUAUUUUUUAUUUCUUUAGAAUGUCUAUUCACCAGUUUUCAGGAAAUAGCUUAGUAAAAGCAUAGAUCUUGCUUGUAAAAAAGGGUUCAGGAUAUUAGCUCCUUGCUCAGUAUACUUUCAUAGUGGAAAUGUUGAUCACUAAUAGUUUAAGAACUUGACUUUUUCGCGAUGAGUCCUGAGUUCAAAUCCCGUUCCACCUGCUUCUGCCUGAACCCUCGGAUAGUAUCAUAAACCCUUAGACAACAAGUUUGGCUUAUAAUCGAGUAAAUAAACAUCUCUACCGGCUUGAGUUACGCAUUUACAUUUAAAUACAUUGAUAACUUUUACCACUGUGCUAAUGGUAAUCCAUAAGAGUAGUGUCAGCUGGUAGCAUGAACACCAUAGUUUCUAAGUCGUUUACCAAUCUAAUGUACAAAAUAACUGUUAUGUAAUAUCCAUAAAAAUUCAAUUGAAAUUUCCUGAUUUCUUAUAUUAGACGUUCAUGUUCAUAUUUGCAAUCUGGCUGCACAAACUGGCAUAACACGAUUCUUAGAAGUACACGAUAGUUGGAUUUAUAACAAAACAGAAGGUAUAGAAACUAACUUCGAUGCAUUGAACAAAUCAAAUUUUACCCAUUUGAUAUCAGAGAUUUCAAAUGAUCAAAUAAGCCAGAACCUGUCAUCUUUUACGAAACUUUUCGAGGUGAAUUCUUUCAGUGGGAUAUCUUUUCAUCCAAAUUUGAAUCUAUGGAAAGUAAUUCAGUUCAAUAUUGUUCCUCGUUUGUUCAUUUAUGAAAGAAAAACGUUUUUUGCUUAGUGUUAUUCAUCUGUGUUGUGCUUUUCUACCCUGUAAAAGUUUUCGAAUAUAUAUGUAUAUACCG